GAGAACUGUACAGGUAUAUUUUUUGUGGAGAUCCAAGUUACAAAAAUGCAGUUGGAUAAAGAUGACAACAAUUUCCCUGGCAUGUGGGUCCCCAGAACUUGGAUCAACCCUCGUAAUUUCAAUUUUGACAACACUGGAAAUGCCAUGCUGGCUUUGUUUGAGGUUCUGUCUCUAGAAGGCUGGUUGGAGGUUAGAGAUGUCAUCAUUGACAGAGUUGGACCGUCUGAAGCAAUCUACAUUCAUUUCUUUGUGUUUAUUGGAUACAUGAUUGGCCUGACCUUAUUUGUUGGUGUGGUUAUUGCCAACUACAGUGAGAAUAAGGGUACAGCUUUGCUCACAGUCGACCAGAGAAGAUGGCUAGAUCUGAAGGGAAGAAUUAAGUUAGCUCAGCCAUUACAUAUUCCACCUAGGCCAGAGAGAAAUGUGUUCCAAGCACUGAUCUAUGAUAUAACCCAGCACUUCUACUUUAAGCGUUUCAUUGUCUUCCUGGUGAUAGCCAACUGCCUUAUGUUGUCAGUGCCU